UAGAGACGCGCCUUGCCGGCCUUGUACUGCACAACCUUGAAGCUCUUGUGGGCGUUGCACCGCUCGUCAGGGCAGUGCAUCGUCUUCUUCUUCGGGUAGUUCACCAUUUCCUAUGUGCGCGGGCUAUCCCCUUCCUGCAUGUGUGUAGAGAAGAGGGCAGAAAGAAGGAAAAGCAGAUUCAUCGCCGCACCCCGUUAUCACAUUCCCAAAGCUGUCAUUGUGGCAUUCAUCGCCGUCACAGAUCAAAUGCUGCACGUGCGUAUUCGCAUAUACAACACGAAAAACACCAAAAACCCCCACAACAACGUCACCACCGAUAA